CUCCAUUAGAAACCUAAUUCAAAUAGGAAACAUCUGCAUUAUAUCAUAAUAUCUAUAUAUACAUAUACCCUCCAUCCUAUACUCUCUAUAUACACUAUUAACAUCGUGAAUUUUCAACAAGAAAGAUAGAGAAAGAGAGAGAUGGGGUCUGCGGCGUCUACCUUAGCAGAAUUACCGUCGGAGUUGAUCUUCGAGAUUCUAAGCCGAACGUCGUUGGAAACCCUAGAACGAUGCAAGGCGGUUUCAAAGAGUUGGAAGCAGAUAAUAUAUGAAUCCACUUUUCUCCCUCUCCACUGUCAAAGAACAAAUUCCCUUUUCGGCUAUUUCUUCCAAGACGUCAGACCCUUUAAUAAAUUUCAGUCGGCAUUGGUAUCCUCCGGCCCCGGUGCCGCUGCUGCUGCCGCCAUCAACAGAACUUGGAAGCUCGACUACAUGAAGAUCCUAGCCUCGUGCGAUCAAGGGAUUCUUUGCUGCGAGAGAGUAGUUCAAUUUUGCGACUGCGAGAGAGAAGAUUGCUGCAACUGCAAGCGAUUCUUCGCUUGCAAACCCGCCACCAGCCAGUGGCAGGGUCUGCCCAAUCCCAAGCUCCGCUACGAGACCGACACCGUCGCCAUCGUCGUCGUUCGAUCCACCCCUCUCCGAUACAUCAUCGCUAGUUUGUACAACUCCGGAAUCAUGCAGCAUAACUGCGAUAUAUUCGAUUCGGAGAAGUGGGCGUGGGAGAGGAUCGAGUGCGCGGCUCCCUACGGCGAGAUCGUGGAAUCCUGCCGCCCUGCCAUCACCACCGCCGGCCGAUUUUUCCACUGGCUCACCGUCAGCGGCAACGUGCUGACGCUGGACGUGAAGAGGAGGAGCUUCCGGUGCUCCCCGCUGCCGUGCGACCCCGCCUGCAAAUCGAAGGUGCUGGUGGAGUACGAGGGAGGGUUAGGGUUUGUGUGUGUGGUUGAAGAAGGAGACAGGAGAGAGAUGGAGGUGUGGGCCGGGGCCGAGAGGAAGAUGGUGGUGGACAUGAGAGGUAUCGAAAGAGCUCUGAAGUGGGCGUGGGAGAGGAUCGAGUGCGCGGCUCCCUACGGCGAGAUCGUGGAAUCCUGCCGCCGGGCCAUCACCACCGCCGGCCGAUUUUUCCACUGGCUCACCGUUAGCGGCAACGUGCUGACGCUGGACGUGAAGAGGAGGAGCUUCCGGUGCUCCCCGCUGCCGUGCGACCCCGCCUGCAAAUCGAAGGUGCUGGUGGAGUACGAGGGAGGGUUAGGGUUUGUGUGUGUGGUUGAAGAAGGAGACAGGAGAGAGAUGGAGGUGUGGGCCGGGGCCGAGAGGAAGAUGGUGGUGGACAUGAGAGGUGUCGAAAGAGCUCUGAAGCAUGCGCAGCCGGUGGAGUUGUGCAGCAGCACUGUAGUUUUCUUGAGGUCCGCGGACGGAGGAGGGUUUUAUAAUAUUCAAAACGACAGUUUUAGUAGAGUGGAGGUUCCUUAUGAGCUCAGAAAUCCGAAACAAGUUUUCCGGUUUAGAUCAGAUUGGGAGAUUGUUGAUCUUAAAGGUGGUCCACGGCGUGCGUUCGAACCGAAUAGUCCAACAAACGAUAAGAUUAUUUCGAGUGAACCAAAUAGUCCAACAAACGAUAAUAUUAGUUGGAGUGAGUUGACCCGACUCCAAAAGGCUCUGUUUUAUUUGGUCAUAGGUGGAGUAUGUUUCAGUAGUUGGAAUAGUCCAACAAACGAUAAGAUUAUUUCGAGUGAACCGAAUAGUCCAACAAACGAUAAGAUUAUUUCGAGUGAACCGAAUAGUCCAACAAACGAUAAUAUUAGUUGGAGUGAGUUGACCCGACUCGAAAAGGGUCUGUUUUAUUUGGUCAUAGGUGGAGUAUGUUUCAGUCGCUGGUAUAGUAGCUGAGGUCUUUAGUUUUAUAUGUUUUGUUUUUCUAAAUUGGAUUAUCGUUAUACUUUUUCAACCAUUAGUCAUUAUUAAACCUUUUCUUCUUACAACAAA